AUGUCUUCAGGCACUACAUGCCCACAGUUGAAGGGAAAGUGGAUGGUCGCACAUGCACACCUCGAGCCUGAGGAUACAUGCACCCUGUUCAAACGAGCCUACGAGACUGGAUUACACGCUACGUUCGCGGCAACGAGUGGAGGAUCAGGGGCACCUAAUUGUCAGACCUCCACAACCCCUCUAUGGCGUCGCGAUGAGUCUGGUGCAGUCCUCUGCAACGCGUGCGGCCUCUUCCUCAAGCUCCACGGCAGUCCGCGCCCCAUCAGUCUGAAAACAGACAUUAUUAAAAGCCGCAAUCGUGUCAAAACAGGAGGGCAUCAAGGUCAAAAGAGGAAGAUCUUCGAAAAUGGCCUCCCCGCUUCUCAAUCCCAGCAUAUGGGCAACCCCAGCAACCAGCAAGCCCAACGGCCCCCUUUAAAUGGUCAGGAACAUACGGACGCGCCACUGUCGCGUACCGACACCCCCAGCCUUCAUCACCCCUCAAACAUCGCGCCACAACACUUAUUCGAUGGCGCGACGCUCAACGAACAAGCCUUUCAAGCCAACUCCAUGCCAUAUCGUCAACCCUCACCUGGCUCCACAUCUUCACUAGAAGCCCCACAACCCUACGAAGCCCUUGUCCGGCAAAACUCGGUUUUCAGAACCCGCAUCAGCGAGCUAGAAGUCAUCAAUGGCUUGUACCAAUCUUUCCAGAAAGACAGCCAGCAGACGCCACCACAAGCGCCUCGGGCAGAAAUGAUAGCACAAGCUGCCGAAGAGGGGACGAUCAGGCAAGAGUUCGAGCUCGCAAAGCAAAGGGAACAGGAGCUGCAAGAUCGCGUCGAAGAACUGGAGCGAGAGGUAGCUGAAUUGAGGGGAGAAGAAAGGCCGGCUAAGAGGGCGAGACAUGAGAGUACGACCGAAUACCCCGAGCCGCCUACCUCGUUAAAUUGA